UAUAUGGACCACGUUCCAGCACAUGGUCGACUAUCAACAAACACCCUCUCUCUCUCUCUCUCUCUCUCUCCGUCUCCACCGCCACCUGCUGGUCUCAAGCAUGUGCAAACAUUGGUCGAGAGGGCAGCGGCUUUUCUCCUGGUUUAAGGUUAAAGUGAGUGAGAGUGUGUUGACUCAGUGAGAGUGAAGAGAGAGAGAGUCGUAGGUUACAGUAGUUUUCUUACGAGAGCUCUGUGUGUUGUGGAGUCCCUGUCGACGUCACUCAGUCAUUAAUUAAAGGUGGAGGUGAACAGCCGGCUCAGAUGGCUGCGUCACUGUGGCGCCAUCGUGCUCUUCUGACCGUGUUCUUCUGUUGUCUGGUCCACAUCAGUUCCUCCCUCAACCAGGAUGAUCCCAAUGUCUGCAGCCACUGGGAGAGUUACUCGGUGUCAGUGCAGGAGUCGUACGCUCAUCCCUUUGAUCAGGUCUACUACACCAGUUGCAGUGACAUCUUGAACUGGUUCAAAUGUACCAAACACAGGGUGAGCUAUAGGAUCGCAUAUCACAGAAAGGACAAAAAUAUGUACCGGAGAAAAUCCCAGUGCUGUCCAGGAUUCUACGAGCUGGACGAGAUAUGUGCACCCCACUGUGCAGAGAGCUGUGUCCACGGCCGCUGUACAGCCCCCAACACCUGCCAGUGUGAACCUGGCUGGGGGGGCUCCAACUGCUCCAGUGCGUGUGACAGCAGCCACUGGGGGCCCCACUGCAGUAACAAAUGUCAGUGCCAGAAUGAGGCUCUGUGCAACCCCAUCACAGGAGCCUGUGUGUGCAGUCCUGGACACAGAGGGUGGCGCUGUGAGAGCCAUUGUGAAAGCGGGACAUAUGGAACGGGAUGCCAACAGAACUGUCAGUGUCAGAAUGGCGCUACCUGUCACCAUGUGACUGGAGGAUGCAGGUGUACACCAGGGUACACUGGGACUUUCUGUGAAGACCCCUGUCCGCCGGGUAAACACGGUCUACAAUGUGAAGAGCGUUGUCCAUGUCAAAAUGGUGGGGUGUGCCACCAUGUGACCGGAGCGUGCUCCUGUCCAGCAGGAUGGACGGGUGAUGUGUGUGGACAGCCGUGUCCACAGGGCAGAUAUGGACAAGAUUGUUCCCCGGAAUGCCAUUGCCACAACGGUGGUUUUUGUUUGAUUUCUACUGGUCAGUGUCUUUGCCCCCCUGGAUACACAGGAGAACAGUGCCAGCAGGAGUGUCCAGUUGGUACUUAUGGAGCAGGAUGUGCAAAGACAUGUCGCUGUCAAAACAAUGGCAAGUGCAACCACACCAACGGUGUGUGUCUGUGUGAGCAUGGAUACACAGGAGAGUCCUGUGGUGUCCGCCUGUGCCCUGAAGGACGCUACGGCCUCAGAUGUGACCGGAAAUGUCGGUGCCACGGCCAAAACACUGAGAGCUGCCACCCAAUGUCAGGGCAGUGCUCUUGUAAAGCUGGAUGGUCAGGACUUCACUGCAACGAGACAUGCAGUCCAGGAUUUUAUGGUCUGUCCUGCCAGCAGGUCUGCCACUGCCAGAACACUGUGGAAUGUCACAGUGUGAGCGGAGACUGUCUGUGUGCUCCAGGCCUCACGGGUCCCAACUGUUCCCGACCCUGUCCACCAGGGACAUACGGAGUAAACUGCUCGUCCCUGUGUGAUUGCAGUAAUGGAGCUCAGUGUUCACCUGUGGAUGGAUUCUGCCUCUGUGAACCAGUAUGGGUUGGUGCGCACUGCUCCAUCAACUGUCCCAGUGGGACAUGGGGUCAGAGCUGUGACCUCAGCUGUACCUGCAGGAAUGGAGGAUCAUGUGACCCUAUGAAUGGUCACUGUACCUGUGCUCCAGGGUGGAGAGGAGACAAGUGUGAGCUGCUGUGUCAGGAUGGUACCUAUGGUGUUGACUGUAGAGAGCGCUGUGACUGCAGCCAUGCUGAUGGCUGUCACCACGCCACUGGUCACUGUCGCUGCCUCCCUGGAUGGACAGGUGUCCACUGUAACAGUGUGUGUGCAGAAGGUCGCUGGGGUCCAAACUGCUCCCUCCCCUGUAACUGUAACAAUGGAGCGUUGUGCUCCCCUGAAAAGGGCACAUGUGAGUGUGCUCCAGGAUACAGAGGCACCACCUGUCAGAGGAUCUGCUCUCCUGGUUAUUUCGGUCAUCGCUGCAGCCAGACCUGUCCACCAUGUGUCCACAGCAACAGACCGUGUCACCACAUCUCAGGACAAUGUGAUUGUCUGCCAGGCUUCAAGGGGCCACUGUGCAACGAGGUGUGUCCUACUGGUCGCUUUGGGAAGAACUGUGUUCUGAGCUGCAGCUGCACCAACAACGGCACCUGUAACCCCAUCGACGGCUCCUGUCAGUGUUACCCAGGCUGGAUUGGCAGCGACUGCUCUCAGCCUUGUCCUCCUGGUCAGUGGGGACCCAACUGCAUGCACACGUGUAACUGUCACAAUGGAGCUUACUGCAGCGCCUAUGAUGGAGAAUGCAAGUGUCUGCCUGGAUGGAGCGGCCUCUACUGCACUCAACGCUGUCCACUAAGUUUCUACGGGAAGGACUGUUCUCUGAGUUGUCAGUGCAGGAACGGAGCUGACUGUGACCACAUCUCUGGACAGUGCACCUGUCGCACUGGCUUCAUAGGACGACACUGUGAACAGAAGUGUCCCCCAGGCUCCUAUGGUUACGCGUGUCGCCAGACGUGUGACUGUCUAAACAAUUCCACGUGUGAUCACAUAACUGGUGCAUGUUACUGCCACAGAGACUGGAAAGGAGCUCGCUGUGAACAAGCUGGUUUGAUUGUGGUUGGCAGUCUCAACACUCAUGCCACAGCCAUGCAGGUGGACAUUUCCCAGAUUGGAGCCAUCGCAGGAAUCAUUGUCCUGGUGCUGCUGGUGCUGUCGCUCCUCUUUCUGUUCAUCGUCUACAGGAAAAAACAGAAGGGAAAACAGCCGGCCAUGUUGGCCGUGACCUACACUCCUGCCAUGAGGGUCACUACUGAAUACUCUAUGCCAGAUACUCACUCACCAUCACGUGAAGAUCAGUCUAGUAACUACUUCUCCAACCCCAGCUACCAUUCUUUGAGCCAGUGCAUCACCCCCCCACAUGUCAACAAAGGGCUCUUUGAAAAGACAAAGAACAACCAUCAGUUUUUGAACUUUAAGAACAUGGAUCACAGAAAAGGACCUCCACACAUCGAUCACACAGGAACACUGCCAGCAGACUGGAAACAAGGUGACUGCUUCAGUGACCUGGGAAUCAAUGGCAUUAAUAGUAAAUUCAUGGGAAAGUCCUUACGAGAUCUGGUGAAAGGCGCCCCGUACAGUGCCAGUUCUUGCUCCAUCAACAGCUCAGAAAACCCAUAUGCAACAAUUAAGGACCCUCCACUUUCUACAGCCAAAAACACGGACUGUGGUUAUGUGGAAAUGAAGUCACCAGCCAGGCGGGAUUCAACAUAUGCAGAGAUCGAUACUCCGUCAAACACCAGCUCCACUGGUAGCACAAAUGUCUAUGAAGUUGACCCUAUAAACACUGUCCUGCCCCCGGGGGACAUCAAUGGUCAAGUCACGUGUGGACAUGAUCCAUACGAUCUUCCUAAAAACAGUCAUAUACUGUCUCACUACGACCUCCUCCCAGUCAGAGAGACUCCAUCACCAGAGUUGGACAAGGACUGACAGCUCAGAGACACAGAGCUGAGAUCAGCUGAAGCCUCAGGUCAAAGUCCUGUGACUGCUCCACCAACAGGCACACCUUGAACGACAUGCUCCGACUGUCGUACAUCAAUAUGUAAAUGGAUUUCUACUUCUGGAUGACAUAUUUUUAUAGAGGUGUUAUGACCUUUCCAAAUGGCCACAGCUUCCAUCAUAAAGACUGAGGUCAGUCUACCAUUCCAUACAGGCUCUAAUGAUUGCUAACAUCCCUCUGAUGGAGGCUGUGUCUCACCAGACAUGAUCUGUAUCCAAGAGUGAUGGGCUACAGGUGGAGAGACAUGUGGACCUCAACUCACAACAUCCAGUGAUAAUCCAGGUUUACCGUCCGUUUCCCUGUAUUUCUCUGACAUUUAAACAGAGGUUCUGUUUGCCCAGACCAGAAACUAACACAAGUUUUUAAUGAUAACCAUGUUUAAUGAUGGGAGUUUCCAGAAUAUUCAGUCUAAAUAUAUAUUACUGAAUAUGAUAUGGUAAUUCAUAGGAAAAAUAUUGCCAUGUGUAAUGUUCACAAAAAAAACCCACUAAAUUUUCUAUAUAAAUAUGCAUUUUUUAAGGAAUUAAGUCAGUGGUUUCCAAAGUGAGGGGCGGGCCCCUCCUAGGGGCUUUGGAAUUAUUGUGGCGAAAAGGUGGGGGCAAAGCAAAUAAAUCUAUUUCAGUGUCUUCCUUAUU